CUUAUGUGCGGCUAAGGUUGUAACAUCAAACUUAACGCAGCCACCAGCCACAAACGCACUGCCACUCCAUGUAUAAUCGACCUCUGAUUAAGAGCGUGCACAUGUAGUCGGAAUUUCUCGAAUGCAUUUUGUAAGUGCAUUUCGAUUUCACUCAGAAUACCUGGUCUAUCAUCUGCAACUUUGAAUGCGACACAGCUUGUCGCUGUUGCAAGUGAAUUCAGUCCGUCACGAGUUCCUGGUUGCCUUACGGCCUUCAGAUGUUCGGGCAAACAUAUCGACCUCAAGAAUACAACUCCUGUCGAACAUGAAUACUGUUACAAGCUCGUGAAUUCAGCUCUGUCAUGUCCGAGAUUGAACAACAUCCACCAAACCUAUCUGCACAUUCCAAGCUGCCUUCGUUCGGUUUCUAUUCUCUGUCAAGCAAUUCAUCGAAUGAAUUUGGCAAAUACCAAGUAUUUACCUUGAUGUAGAUAGCUUUAUGUCUCUGCUAGACCAUAUCUCAUUGUUUCUUUGACAUAGUUGAAAUUCUUCGCCCGUGAAUGACGUUUGUAUGCCAAAUGAUUAGUUGAUAUGAAAUUGUAAACGGUAUCCAAUUCAAAGAUAGUAGGUUACACCGCGCUAUUUACCGACGGAGGCAAUGACCAAUAUGUGACCCUCUCAUUACGGGAUCCCGCUUGGAGCUUGAAUGUUUGAAAAUCUAUAUCUCGUGGUCCGUGGCUUGUAACCUGAGGUAAGAGCACUUCCCUCCCAAGAUUCGCACCUCCCGACUCUCACCCACCAACCCUUCCACUGAAUCUCCAUACCAUCUUCUUCUAGGCCCCGGUUCUCGGAAAACUCGCUUCAGAACGGCGGGAAAAAAACGGCAGAAAAACAUGCUCAACGAAAAUUCGAACCAGACGCUGGUGGGAAUUGUCCGCACUAUGUCGUCAGCUUCCCAGGCCUAUGCACUCAUACCGUUGGCUGCUGCCCUUUUGUCAGCCGCUAUCUUCACCGCCGCCAUUCAAUUAUCAUACCAGGCUCGAAUACUCGCCGUGCCAUUCAUGAUUAGCGCAGCAAUCCUGUCGAUAUGCACAAAUUCAUAUCUCGAACCAAUCCCACACGGGCCCGAAACCCUGUCCCAAUUAAUAUGUUUCUGGGUCCACCACGCGCUCGUAACCCUCCUCAUCGAACCAGUCUUCAUCCCAACAAACUUGCCUCGAGAGCAGCGGCGUCGUUUCAUUCGUAAGAUAUGGAACGAUCCUCGGCGCUUGACCACCUUGGAGGCAUGUGAAAAGACAAAAGGGUCCAUGACGAGGACAAGGUUUCUUAUGGGAGCUAUACAGCGACUGGGUCUAUACCUUGUCCUGCAUAGAUUCUUCGCAGUCAUAAAUGUGUUGGUUGGCCCUGAUCAACUCACGGCUGAUGAUUUCUCACCACAGCGCCGAGCGCUUCUACGCCGGGUUCUUACUCUUAACCCCGUUACACCCGUCACACUGAGGGAGCUCCAUAUUCGAGCUUGGAUGUCUGUGGAGUGGAUAUGGUUUUCCUAUCUUAAGCUCAACACGUACAAUGUUGUGGCAUCCAUCAUCUUCGUUGCAAUUCUGCGAUUCGAUUCACCAGAGGAAUGGCCUCCUUUGUUUGGCAGUCCACUGGAAGCCUACAGCAUUCAGCGAUUUUGGGGGAAGUUUUGGCAUCCACUUCUGAGACAUCCCUGUGCCGCUUCGGGUCGGCUUAUCUCGAGAAAGGUAUUUCGGUUUCACCCACGCUCGCGAUACGAAAAGACAUGGCUCGCAUUCUGGACGUUUUUCAUAUCUGGCGUAAAUCAUGCCAUCGCGGCCCGAGCAAUUGGGUGCGGAGGCACCCUGGCAGAUUCCAUAAGAUUCCGCAUGUCAAAUUUCGCAGCCGGAGCUAUGGAAACGAUCAUAGGCCCAGUCCUAGAACAGGUGAUACUUGUUCACCAGGAUCGAGCUUUUGGUAGGGUUUUGGUAAGCCGUUCCGCGAGGAAGAUCUUUGGUUACACGUGGGUUUUUGCAGUGUUCUUUUGGAUCAAGCCCCAGGAGCGAUAUGCGAAACUCUACGCCAAUCUUGAAUGA